AUGGAACUCAACGACCCUUCAAUUAUAUCAAGCAGCCAGUUUUCAGGUGAAUUGUCUGACAGCGAUACUGCAGCCGCUACUCACAAAUCGCAACAAGCCAUCUCAAAUUUAUUCCAAAAAUUAGCCAAAAAGGGCAGAGAAGAGAAGCCAAUCGGUAGCGUAGAAUCUUCAACUGAUAGCUCUAACAUUUCUGUUGCUACGAGCGGUAACAAUAAAGAAAGCAAUAAAAAAAAAAAUAAGAAAACGGCCAUGCUAAAUUUCAGCAGUUUGACGGACCCUAUAACGAACUACAAACCAAUGGAUCUGCAAUACAAGACAUAUGCAUACUCCAUGAAUGAACUUUAUCAUUUGAAACCAUCUUUGGCAAGUGCUUCGUACGAAGAAGACCCACUUAUUUCGGAACUUGUGAGGAGUUUACCCAAAAGAAAGUUUUGGCGAUUGCGCAUGGGACCUCCAGAUCAAAAGCAUGCUAAUAACCAUCAUUUUAAUGGGAACAAUGGUGGAGGCAGUUGGAAGGCUGGUUACAAGAAUGGGAAAAACGAUGAGAGAAGAAUGAGUAGAACCAAAAACAUGCAGGGAGGCAAACGAAGAUCUCAACAAGAUGAUGAAGAAAAAAAGAUUGACCAAGAAAUGCUGGAGAUGGACAAGAAUCUUCAAUUAGGAGGUGACGUCGGCCAUUCAAUUGCAGAUUUUGAAGAUUGGAAGGCAAAGAUGAAAGAAUUAGAAUUGAAAAAACUUUCAAAAUCUAAAGGAAUCAGUAACUCUACCGCAAUUGCUCCCAGGGAAAGCGCCUCUCAUGAAACACCCACCGAUUUAAGACCGGUCAUUCCAAGGGGCCCUAGUUCAAUAACAGAUUUUUUGAAUUUAAAGAGGCAAGAUAAGAAGGAAGAAUCUUCACAACAAACACCUGGUAUUCCUGUUGGACAGCCAAGCCUAUCCAAAACCAGUAUAGAACAAGUUAACGAAUUAGAAACUAAUUCAGAUUUGGGUAAAAGUUCAUCAUCUCGGUUUUCAUCAUUUUUCAAUAAAUCUGCCACUUCGUUGCCUUCAUUAGAUAAUAAUAAUCAAGUGCCAUCGUCAAACGUGUCUGUAGUAAACAACGAUGGCAACAGUACACCUCAUCAAAGUGGUUCAAGACUGAUGUCGUUUUUCAAAGAAUCUAGAUCGAGCACUCCAAAUGCAGAAUCGCAGUUGUUAUCAGCCUCAGACAAAGAUAAUGGAAAGAUGCAGACUCUUCCGCAAUUCCAGCAGCAACCGCAACAAAUGCAACCAAUGGCAUUUACCCAGCAUCCUCCUAAUAACAACGCAUUUUUCAAUGGGCUAUUGAAUAAAGGUAAAAGUGAAACUAGUACUCCUCCUCCUCCACCCCCAGGACUAAUUGCUCAUCAGGGUCCACAAUUUCCUGUGAUGGGUGUACCACCAAAUUUUCCACAACGCAUGAUGCCACCGCCACCAGGUCUCGUUCAAUUCCAGAAAGAUUCUAAAGAUGUAAAUAAGAAGGAAGACAGGCAAUUAAGGCAAAAUAAAAAUCCAAACGGAACAAGAAAUAGCAAGGGAAAACAAGAGGAAACAGCAACGCCAGAUCUGCCUCAACAGCAAUACAUGCCACCACCCCCACCUCCAGGGUUUUUUCCAAUGCAUCCUAACUUUCCUAACGGCCCAAUGCCACCAUUACCACAGGGGUUCCCAAUCCCACCAAAUGGUAUGUUACCGGUAACAGGACAACAGCCACAGCCACCUUAUCCAAAUAUGAUGCUACAAGGAAAUUUCCCCCCUAAUUUCCAGCAAGGUUUUGGUAGUAACUCCCCUAUGCCAAUUCCAUCUAUUAUUAAUGCCAAUGGCAAAAAUGUUACAAACCAGUUACCACCAGGAUUAAACUCUAAAAAGAAUAUAAAAUGA